AUGUCUGACACUGAUUCUGACCGCUCUUUGGAAGGCCCCGCUGCGCCUCAACCUAUGGCUACAUUUGAUCACACCAGCCCAAACCAGGUCCCGAUUUCGCCAGGCCUCUCUCAUGUACCCGAAACGCCUUCUCCAGUGUUGAAACUCAAAAGACGAUUGCCCAAAAAGAAAGGCAAGAAGUUCAAGAUCCCGGUUCCAGCAACGGGGGAACUUCAGACCUUCAUCGAUCACGGUUGCACUAUCGAUCCUCAAGGCUAUCCGAUAUAUCCCAACGGCGAGACUAUCUUUGUUCAAGAUCCCAUCGCCCCAGUUAUCAACUUUGGGCAUGUGGCUUUCUCUCAUACUCAAAAAUCUCACGGUUCGAAAACGGGUCCUUGGAAAACGAUAUGGUACAAGUGUCUUGGUGUAUUACAGUGCGAUGACGACUUUUGCAAUUACGCCGGGCCGCCACCUACAGCUGAAGGCAAAGCAGCCGAAUUCAUUGCUGAGCACCCAGUUUGUCCAGCUGUCAAAUGCAACGGCAAUCACUUUUGGACCGAUUGCAAUGACACGUCUUGCCGAGUUGAUAUUGAGAAAGAUUCCGGUUGGGCAGUCCUUUGCCACUCCGGUGUCCACAAACACCCUUGGCCAGCUUCGAAGAAGGCCGACCCAAUGGCUAUGAUGGAGUUAACCAAAGAGCUUGUGAAGAAUCCAAAGGCCGGGCCUUUGGUCCUCAAGGUUGGGCAGGCCGGCACAGGCCAAACAGUGACUUCUCCCGUCAUCAACAUCCACCCGGCGUUUUCGAACGGCGGGCGGCUAGGCUACUUACGUCGGAAGGUCCUCGUCGCGAAGGGCCUCAUGCCCAAGAAAGAAAGCAAGGGAGGAGGAGAUCGCCUGAUCAUUGAUCUCAUGCAUUGGGGAAGAAACGGUCUCCAAUUGAUUUCGACUUCUCUUCUAGGCGACGCCGUCCACAUCACCUUUCAGACGGAAUGGAUGGCGGAGCAGUUGGUUCGAAGGGAUCAAUUCGGCAAGAUCUACUCGGGUGGCCUUUUGUCAGACGUCACAUACCGAUUUUUCAAAAACGGUUAUCUCCUUACCACGUCUAUGUACAGCGAAGUCAUGCACCGUUGGAUCCCCAUCCAGCUGACUUGGAUGUGGGGGCUUGACGUCAAUCAUUAUCGAGCCCAUUUUACCACGUUGCUCAAACAAAUAUAUGAUGCUGAACUGUCUUUCCACGAGCGGGACCUCUUGUCUCAGCAAGUGGUCGAUUUCUCGGCGGCUCAGAAGAAAGGUUUCAUUGCGGCGUACAUGGACGUUUUCAACGAAAGGGAUCCGGCGAAAGCUUUGGAUAAGCUUAAGGGUUGUCACGAGCAUUACAGGCAGUCAAUCACCCGUGUCAAGAAAAAUUGGAACAUUGUCGAUGCGAGCCAGGUGGGCAAUUUCGAACACUUGGCUUACGAUCUGUUAGAACCAGUUCAACCUGGCGGUAAAAGCUUAGGCGACAAAUUCGAUCAUAUCUUUCGCCUAUUCCCUAAAGCAAAGGCGUGGCUAGACUGGUGGAAUACCGCCGACAUUCACUCAAUGCUCUUCACUGCCCGUGUUCGCCUACCUUUGGACGAUCCUCCGCUUCCUGAUGAACCUGAGGCUGACGUGCCUGAUACCACUAAUGGGCAAGAAUCAAUGCAUCGUCAAUACUACAUUUUAUCGUCUGGCCAAUACACCAUCAUGCAAGGGUUCAUUCAGCUUCUCCUGUUUGUGAAGUCCCUCAACCGCGACUAUGAUCAGCUUCGCCGUGGAAUCCCAGUGAAGUAUGGUUCCAACUGGGACUCGGUAGUUGAAACAUUAGGUUGGUCCAAAGAACGCACCAGACGGCGCCCGGACGUUAACGAUGGUCGGCCGCCGGAUACGACUGAGGCGCUUCUCCCUUUGAAGAAACUGGGACGCCCGGCUGGAUCGGCGAAUGUCAACCGAGAUCCACACUCUUCGUAUCAAGCUUACUCAGCAAGCAACAAACCUGGUAAGCAGAAUCGCUGCUGGGAAACAGCCACUCUGGAAGCUCUGUUCCCCACGUUCUCGCCUUUGUGGAUCCAAGGCACCGAUAAGAGCAAAGACAUCACCUCGAAACUCAUCCGCCAUUACUCGUCCCGGGUGUCAUCCGAGAUGCAUCGCGCCUCGCACAUCAAAUCCGUUUUAUCUCGCGGUCUCAAGUCUCUCCAAACGGCCAUCCAACAGUUGUCGCCGGACUCUUUUGUCACGGACGCAUUCUGCUCAGCAGAUCUCUUUAUGGAUUAUCUCCUAAUGAACAAGAAACAUCCCACCUCAGCCGGUCAACAUUUUGCGUACGACCUCCUUCGCAAUUAUCAAUGCAGCGCCAAUGGCGCCCAUCAAGAAACGGAAACCGUGGUCAAAUCCAAGGUCCUCUUGACGACGGAUCUCUUCCACGAGGCCAACAUCAGAUACUCAGAUGUGACCGAGCUCCUCUCUGCCUGGCAAAGCAAUGGCCUAUUUUCAGUCAUUCCGAGAUGCUGUACCACUUGUCUGAAAGCCCAUGCCCAAGGUCUUUCCCGGCAACCUACGGCUACCCAGCCCGACGAGGACGCGGUGAGUGAGAACGAAGUCACUCACCUUCAGGUGGAUCCCUCCGGUGGAGUUCCUCGAUUGUAUGAGCGGUGCCGGUUGGACUUUUCGAAACGGCCAAUCAACGUCUACUUCCUCCUUGGUGGUGUUGGAGGCCUUGGCAAUGAGGAUCGUGCCUCUUUCAUGGGCUAUAUGAACUGGCCAGAAACUAUAAGGCUGGACAACGUCGACUACGAAAUCGUGUCUUGUGGUUUCUGGGCGUUCAGCCAUUACUGGUGCAAGUUGGUAAGACACGUAGAUGGGGUGCGUGGGGUGUGGUUCUUUGAUGACCGCAAGGAUGACGGCCGUGCCCAGCUGCUUGGCCGAGACUUGUCCUUGAUUGCUGGUGACCAACCUUACACCAGCUGGGUCAUUUACUCGUGCAAGCCCAACAUUGACGAACAGAAGCUCAUCGAGCGUGGAAUUGCCAAAAUAACCCUCAAGAAUCCGGACCCCCUUGGCGACGUACCAUUUGUUCGACCUGACGACUUGGAAGGUCUCGACGAACAGAUUGACAAACUGGCCACUCCAUCUGUUCCAUCUGUUCCUCCUGUGCAAGGUUCGGCAAACAUGGCGAAGCAAGCGUUUGCAUCCGCGGUCAGCAGCCAGCAAGAGGUCCUCGCUGUCGAUUCCAAACCUGCGAUCCAAGACGAGGCCGAGAAGGUGCAAGACGUCAUUUCGCGGGGCUCCUCCCAAAGCGAUAAAGCCAGGCGGGCUUUUGGUCAAGUUCAAAAGGAUGAUUGUGCUCUCCAGCCAGAUACAGCCCAGGUGGAUGUGGACCAUCGAACCACAGCUCAACCUAUCGAACCGUCACCUCCGGUUAUUUCUUUCGGCGCAGAGUGCGAUGGUGGGGAAGAUACUCUUCCCAAUGAAGCUAACCCAACUUCGGAGCGACUGAUCCUCCGCCUGCGUAACAAGCGGACCGCGCCAGAAGGUAGCCCGGCCAAGUCCCCGUCUGCUUCCCCUUCCUCGGUCAAGAAAGUGACAAAGGGCAAGAAGCGUGCCAAAGCGCGGGUUAACAAACCCAUUGGACCUUUAACCAAGGGCCUCGAGGCUCAGCAGGCUGAACAAAAGCCUAAGGCCAAGGGGAAGAAGAAGAAAUAG